AAAUGCCCUACGCAAACCAACCUAGUGUCAAAAUUCUUGAGCUAACAGAAGAAAAUGUGAAGUUUGUUAUCGAGAACACAGAUCUAAGGUAUGCUGUAGUCGAUUAAUUGGCCGAUCGUUAAUUGAUUCGAGAAUAAGAUUAUUGAUUGAUGUUUGAUCGAUAAACUUGCAGCAUGGCCAAUGGCCUCCGAAGGAUAUUUAUAGCGGAAACUCCAACGAUAGGUAUGUUUGAGCAUUUUAUGGAAAUCUAGGUGGAGAUACACAACAUGUAUAUUUUAUGUCUAUACGUACUGCGGGAAAGCUAGCAGACUCAUGUCGAACCACAGGUUACCCAAGCUGAAGAUGGAAAAAAGGCAGCGCACAACCUCGAAGACUAAAAGGCAACUAGUUGGGAUGACAGCAUUUUCGUGGUUAAAAGUUUAGAACAAAAACGGCCAAUCUGCUAUGCAGCUUAUCUUACUCAAUGGGAAACUAGUCAUUUUGUGUCCCCAGUUGAUUCGUACCAGUAUUCCAGUUGAUUAGUACACACAAAAAUAACAGUGAAUGCAAUUCAAUAAUAACAAAAGAGCACUUCACAUGUACUAGGUGGAACCCUGUUGAUGCGACCACCAAUGGGCCAUAAAAUUCUGGGUGUAAUAACGAGGUGGUCACAUUUUUUUAAUAAGAGGGUCUUCAAAUUAAUAAAAUGACUCAGUGAUUUUAUGUUUGGGUCAAGUAGAGCAUAUUCACUUGACAUCACAGCAGCCAUGUUGGUGUUCCAAAACAAUGAAAUGGCAGCCAUGUUGGUGUACAAAGACAACUCUGCGGGAAUUGAACUCUUCCCUUAUGUAAAAACUUUCUUUUGUUCAUAUAAAUUAGCAUAGGUGAAUGCCACGUCAGUGGAUACGCUCUAUAUGGUUGUAAUAACUAGGUGAUGGUAUAAACAGGGUGGUCAUAAGACGGGGUUUUACCUCGUUCUUUAAGCCAUGAGGUGAAAUAUUGCACUAUGAAAGUAAAAUACUUUGUUUUUAAAGCCACGAAACAGGUGCUACACAUGCAAUAUAAACAUUUUGCUGUUGUAAUGUAGCAGUAGAAUUCCCCGCUUCUGAUGCAGCAGAAAAAUCUCAGUUUAUGGAAUGCAAAGACCUGUAUGUACCUUUCUAUUGGUUCAGCACUUAAUGACCAAAUUUUUAAGCACCAAAUGCAAUCUCACAUAAAACAACGUCUUGAUUUAUUCACUGGCAAUGUUAUACGCACAGUUCUUUUUGCAUGACCUAUAAGGUCAUUACUCCACCACCUUUUCCACUCCAGGUUGUACGAAAAAAGCAGUUGAUCAGACCCCUCCCAAACUUUCACAGUAGAUGAUUACACCAAACUUCUUGCAGUCUUGUAGAGCAUGGCUGUCACUAAGAUUUCGAGUUUCCCGGUCUUUUAUGCAGUUAGUAGAUUGGAAACUAAAUGACUAAAAAGUUUUGUUUGCUCUAUUUUCCUUUUAUUCCCUAUCAAAGAAGCCAGUAGGGGGUGGAAGGGGGGGGGGGUUGUUGCACCCAUAGUAGCCAGGGGAAAUCUCUGACCCCUGGCCCUUUAGUGACAGCCCUGUAGACUAUUUUGACAACCUUGGUAUAGUUAAUAAGCUUACAUUAAUAUUUUGCCUUUAUUAGCUAUCGAUUGGGUGCAGAUUGAGAACAAUACGUCUGUGCUGCAUGAUGAGUUUAUUGCCCACAGAUUAGGUAAGCAAAAACUAGGUGGUAGUUAAUUUACCUGUACCAUAAAUCCGUUAUUAAGCCCCCCAGGGGCUUAUUUCUUUCAAGCUCAUUUGAGGGGGGGGGGGGGGGGAGGUAGUGUCGCAUCACCGUAUGUUGUUUUUUUUUUUAGAUUGGUGGGGGGGGGGGGGGGGGUGGCUUAUUUAAUUUAGCAAAGAUGAUGGUACAUCUGUUCAGGGCUGUAAUAAGUUUUGAAGCAGCAUAGCAAAUGAAGAAUCACCCGUAACAUUUCACAUAAAAUUCAUAGUGUUUGUGUAGUUACCUUUCCACUUAGAUCGCCCGUGACAUAAAGUGAGCUCAGCUGUAACAGGUGUUACGGGGUCAUGGCUCUUAAUGACAGCUCUGUCAGUUCACCUGAAAGAACUAGAAUGCAAAGUGGAAAAGCUUGUUUACAACAAGUAGGAGGUCAUACAGGCGAGGAUCAAAAACAAAUUCAAACUUCCCGGUGGUGAAUAAACCAUCCUGGAUUGAUCUGUCCACAUGAAGUUUUACAAUUGUGAUUGAUGAACACAGUCUAUCAUAUUAUUAGUGAAUACUGAUAAAGGGGAGGGAUAGAGGGGGAAGGGGCUUUAAAGAGAGGGGGACUCAUUUACUUUCUUCCCCUGAAAAGGGAGGGCUUAUUUUAUGGUAUGUAAAAGCUAAAACUUAAAGAAGUUAACUAGGCUUAUUUUAAUCAACAGUACAGACUACUUUAGCUUAUAUCAUUUUUGCUCUCUUACAUUCAUUCUAGUCAAGGGCUGUUAUCAGGUUGCAUAGAAGGCACUUAAUAUCUGAGCCCCCCUUUCGGUCAACCCCAGGCUAGACUUAGAACAUUUGAAAUCAAUACUGCUGCCUAUGUAACCCAUGCCUGUGGAUCACACACUGCUUGCAGACCAAUUUCUCAUGCCUGGUUGAAAAAUCUGAGCUAUCACAACAGCUACCCUUAUCUGAUGUAUCUUUUCCAUGAUAUUACAAGGAAUAAUGUGAAGUACGUAAUGGGAGAAAUAAAUGCUCUGACAAUUAUUUUGAAUGGUCAUACUUUCUAUAUAGUAUGACCUUCUCUUGCAAGCUUAAUUCAGAGCUUACCAUCAGUUAGAAAUCUUAUAAAUUCAUUUUUAAUUUUCUGAUUGUAAUUCAAUCCACAUUAUAUCACACCCACUGGUGGUGUCUGUAAUAGUUACUGACAAUGGAUGUUGUUGAUCCAAAACUUGUCUAAAUUAACAAGGGUACGAUAACUUUUCUAAAAAAUAAAUUAUUGAAGAUUGUUCACUGUGUGUACUCUCACAUACAUCACAGGUCUCAUUCCAUUGACUAGUGAUGAGGUGGUUGAUCGCUUGUGUUAUUCCAGAGUAAGUUGUAUAAGUGUAUGUUGUACAUAAGUAUAUGUGUCCAUAAGCAUGCAGUCAGCUAGAAUAACAACAAGUUGGUUCUGAACCCCCUGUUUGUUCAUGCAUUCACAAGACUGAGGCUCAUCAGUGGCAUCUUUUUUUCUUUCUGGUAAUGAUCUUUUGUACAUGUAUGUAUGUGCAAUGUACACUGUAAAUAGUAUAUCUGAAUAUGAGCUUAUUCUAGAAUGUUUCUCCUACACUGUACCUGUGACAUCACUAUCAAGUACCAAAUGAAAAUCAGCCCUGGAAGGCAAGUGCAAAAAAACAAGGUUUUAUUUACCUCUUUCAUAAUAGUGGCCUAUGAAUAUAUUCUUUUAUAGUCUUAAAUGUCAAGGGGGUCUACUUCAAAUGAUAAUUAGCCUUUCUUACCUCGUUUGAAAGUAAGAAUUCUUAUUGUAUUUUUUUGGUACGUGCUAACAACGUCACAAAGCUAAUUAUCAUACAUAUGAAAGAAUGUAUUUAUAGGCUGCUAUUAUGAAAGAGGUUUAUUAAGACUUUCUUGAUACUUGUAAAAAGAAAAAUGCCACUGUGCGAUAAUGUUUUUUAAGGUUUAUCUUAUUUUUGAGUUUACUGAAAAACAGGAUGAAAGAAGACAAGAUGUGCCUGAUUUUUCUGACUCUAACUCUGAUUAAUAUACCGUAAUGCAAGCCUGUUCUCUCUGACAAAAAAUAAAAACUUUAAGAAACUCUAAAUCUCUAAACCUGUAUACAUGUAUGAGUCCAAGAGGUAACCCUGAGCUCCUUUUCUCUCCUCCUUUUCUUUCCCCCGAAGGACUGCACAUGUGAUGAAUUUUGUCCAGACUGUUCUGUGGAACUCACUCUUGAUGUCAAAUGUACAGAUGAUCAAACAAGACAUGUCACAACACAAGAUCUUAUUUCAUCAGAUCCAAGGGUGAUACCGGUAUGUAACAGAGUGUAGAGGGCUUAGCUUAAUACAUUUUAGAUGCCAUUUCUCAUUACCUUUUCCUAUACAAAUAGGCUUUAAGAUAUUAACAUGUACAUGUACUUUUCCCUGUACAUCUACAUGUAGUUUAACAGUAACCCUUUGAUGAUGACCUGGGGCACAAAACAAAGAUCUAAGGUAGACACCACCAGGGGCCCACCAAAAAAGUAUUAUGCGUGGAAAAACAAAUAGAAAUACUUGGGUCACAAAACCUUGUGAAGCCAUUAAGCCACACAAAUGCAGCAACCAUCGAUAAAAGUGUGGUUUGCGAGAAAUUUGUGGUGCUGCAGCACCCCAGACAAAUGAAGGCGUCUUCACUUUUGGCCGACUAGGUUCAUUUCAAGAGGUUUCACUGUUAGAGUCUCCAAUUCAUCCUUCCUAAAUCGCCAUGAUUUGGGACAAAUGUAGGACAGCUUGAAAUACAUUAACAAUAGUUUGGUGGCCAACUAUUAUCAGCCAACCCCCAUUAAAAAAUCCUGGAUGUGUACCUGACCACCAUAUACUGUAUGACAGGCACAAGGGCAGACCUUAUGGAAGACUGUGGAAAAAUACUUGUAUGAGCAAAUGAUAGGGGGUUCACUAAGGUCACCAUCUCCAGCAAAGGUCUAUAAUACAAUAAUUUCAUUCUCUUCAUUGAUUUGACAUAGAAUACUUUAAUAUACCGACAUUGGUUUUGUUUAGAGGACUAGGAAUUAUAAAUGGUUAAUUUUAUAAUUAACCUGUUGUGGCUAAUAUACACAAGAUCUGAUAACAGGAAUAAUAAUAUUAUAGGCUAAAUAAACAUCAAUCAUCAUCAUCAUCAUCAUCAUCGUCAUCUGCUUUAUUUUACUGACUAGGUAACUUCACGAAACCAUGAGGAUGAAAACAGUGAAUAUGGUGAACAGGAUGGUAGGUUUUAAUGUGUGGGUGCUUCUUUUCAUUGACAGACUGAUUUCAUUCAUUUUCAUCUGUUAAGCGACAGCACAGCUCAUACUUACUGCUCUGUGGCUUUCAUCUCUUACUUGCUUGUUUUUAACUUCUUUAGUGCACUCUAACUUACUUUUUUUUUGCAGACAUCUUGAUUGUAAAGCUUCGUAAGAAUCAGGUAUUAUCAUUUGACCUGUACCAUUAUUAUACACCACACAAGCUGAAUAACUAGGGGUAGUGGUGGGAAUUGGCUGGUAUUUCAUAAUCAAUCAUUAGAAAUAAUCGGAUUGACCCACCCAAUCUUUCAUCGAUUAUAACUGGAACAAUUUCUUUACAAGAAUUCCAUAAAGGACACUACAAAAACAUUCAAAAUGCAUCAGAAAAGGGACAUCAGUGGAUUAGACAUAGCUGACCAUAGAGCUCCAGUAGCUCAGUGGUUAAUAGAGCAUCCAGGUCAAGAGUUCAAUUCUCAUCUGGAGCUCAGAAUUGUUUUCUGUGAUUUCAGGAGAUCAAAUUUUCUUUCUUGUUUAAUGAGAAAGUAAAAAGACAACACAUAAGUUUUCAAUCAGCCUGUGGAUAGGCUCAAGUGGAGUGGAGUGAAAAAGGAAAAUCAGUGAGGGAAACAUUAUUUUAUUUCAUGUCAGGUCCAACAAUGUCUUGAACAUUUUCCAUAAUCGGUCAUCACAUGGCUUAAAGGAAGCCCCUUUUUCCUUUCUUUUGACUGGCUCAAUCUUUUAUCAGCCAGCUGCCUUUUUUCUUAGCUACAACCCCAUACAAAAGAAAUCGUCAUACAGUGUACUGUCGUUGCCAUUCCAUGACUUGUAUGGGCUGAUUCAUGGGCUACUUGCAAUUCCCCUUAUGGCUCCAUGUUUGUUUUAUUCAACAAAAAAUAAAUCAUCAUUUCAGUCAACACUACUCCUACUUCCCUCAUUAGCGAGUACCAUUAGUAAGCCACGCCCAAGAUGAUUUUUUCAUUUUUGUCACAUUAUUUAUCUUUUCUACAGGAGCUCAAGCUUCGGGCCUUUGCAAAAAAGGUAAGAGUAUCAUGUCUUCCAUUCCUGAUCCUUGACUGACACUGUAGUUUUAGUUCUCAUACAUACUCCAAUAGGUCCCACCCUAUAAAAUCGCCACAUUUGGGACAAGAAAGCUGAUAAGGACCCCCCCCCCCCCCCCCCCCCCCAAACAUCUCCCUCUUGCUUUUCACAAAAAAAAAAAAAAAAAAAAAAAAAUCUAUAAUAUCAAUAACCAAGCUGUGAUUUUCAUUAUAAUAUCUUUUUUUUUUUUUUUAUUUUAUUUUUUUUUAUAUCAUGUCUAUUUCCACGCGAGCCUAUAGUUCGCGCCUUUGAAAAAUAUGAAAAAGAUCUACUCUUCCCAUUCCCGCCCCUUCCUGACCCCGUAGUUUUUGUUUCCAAAAAAAACCCCAAAGGGCCCCCCCCAAAAAAACCCCCCCAUUGGGGAAAAAAAAGCGAUAAAGACCCCCCCCCCCCCCCUUCAAUAAGUGCCUUGGUCCUGAUAUAAUCAAAAUGAAAGACAGUUAAAACAAUUCUUUAAUAUGCACCAGAGCGCUUGUUCUAGUAAAUACAGUAUCUUUUAUUCUAAAAUUCAUGUCUCUUUACAUAACAGGGCUUUGCCAAAGAACAUGCCAAAUGGAAUCCAACAGCUGGCGUAGCAUUUGAGUAUGACCCUGAUAAUUCCUUGAGACACACAACAUACCCAAGACCGGAGGAAUGGUUUGUGUUAAGAUUUUAAGAUUUUAAGAUUUUUUCUUUGUACAUACAUGUAUAUGUAUGCAUGGUAUUGAUUUUUAGGUCAUGUUUUUGUCAAAAGUGAGUUGUGUGUUUUUCACUCUAACUGCAUGAAUGCCCUUUACCCAAAUUUACAGUCCAGAACACCAUGCUAGUUAUUUAAUCAGAUGUUAAUUAACUUAACCCCAUUUAUUAACCAGCAUAAGCUGAAUGGCUCCCUCUUAUGCAUGUCAGACGAGCAAAUUUCACCAGCAAGCCUACUUUGUAAGAAACAUUCUUUGCAUUUGCACUCUUCGUGCAUGGGUAAUAGGGACUCUAAGCAAAUUGCCACAGCGAUCUCUACAACAGCGGUCGGAAGUUAAGUCGCCCAAAAAUGAUGCAGUGUGCAUGCUUGCAAAUGACCUUUCAACGUAUUCCCGAAUCCUUCAACAUGAAAACCUUUCUUUUUGGCAUAGUCGCUUCUACGUGAGCGUAAAAGUCAGCUUUCCCACUUUUUGAAGCGAAGAGGAAAAAAAGUAACGAAAACAUCCAGCUAGGGGCCAGGAGGUACUUGUAAAAGGAGUGACCAGUUUUGCAGACUUCCCGUCAUGUUCACAUCAUUUACGGCAGCGACACAUUUUUUCUUUGUAGGCCUAAAAGUGAAUACACAGAACUGGACGAAGACACCUGUAAGUAAACAGACUAGACUUUGACGUAAUGCAUGUUUUGUUUGUUUUGAAAUAAAUUUUGUCUUUUAAGUCUUUAGUCAAGGUAUUUGUUAAUCGACUUCGAGUUUAUUCUAGACUGCAAGUCUGUAAGCAGUCCCGUAUUUCUUAUAUUAGUCCAGAGAGCAAUCUGUGAUGAAACUGAAGUGAGUGAUCAGAGCCCUUCUUUCACUUACCCGAUUGUCGCGUACUCAAGAAAGACUCUGCAUGGAUCGAGUAAGAUCUUCGUUGAGCAUGCGCUGCAUGUUGCUAGGAUACAGUUUCAACCCCAGGCUUAAUGGCCGUGUGCUUGGUAGAGCGGGCUCAGUUACAACCAUUGGUUUAACCCAUUCGCCCCUGAACCGCCCGUAACCGCCCGUGCGGAUCCAGGUCCUUUCUACCCUUUGUGACGUCAUCAGUUUUAACGGUCAAGGACAACUUUCUUCGCUAACUUGUGCAGAGUGAAGAGAUCUUUCAAACCAUACCAGAAUGAGCACAAUUCAGUCAAGGACACCGGAGAAAGAAGCAAAAAACCACGUGACAUUGACCUGAAAAUCUCCAUGAAAAUCUUGUUCCAUUACCCACCUACCUUUCCUUUCACCUAAUCCUCAGAUCCUAAAAGCUUUCCUAAAAACUCUUCCCACCAAAUUGAAGCCUACUAAAUGCCCAGCAAGAGAAAAAAAAAAAUGAGGCAAGAAAAGCGAAAAAAGAAGGGGGGAGAGAAAGCGAAAAGUAAAAGUCAAGACUGCUGUGUCACUUUUAAACCCAAAAACUCGAAAUUUUGCUUUCUGCGCAUGCCCGAACUUCGCAAGCUGAUAUUUUGCAUCUGGAUCAGAAGGCCGCGAAGUGUGCGACCUGUAAACCGGUUUGUGGUAAGUUUUAGCCCUUUAUAGCAUGACAGUGACCAGAAAACCACUCGACUAGCUUCAAAACGCGUUUUUCGGCAAAAUCUCCAGGAGCGAAUGAGUUAAUAAAAAAAGUGGAUGCACGCACGCGAAAAACCAGUUUGACGAGAGAAAGAAAAAUUGACUCGUCGAGAAGUCCGGGCUGCGGCGACUUCAUAGGCCUUACGCAGCGGCAGAUACAGACCUUCAGAUAAGGAAGGGGGCGAGGGGCGGGCAUUCAGACCCUGAGAUAAGGGGGGGACGGUCGCAAAAAAUUUUUUUCGGCCCUUUGGGCCUCUCUUUGGUCUAAAAAUAAGGGGGGGGGGUUGGGGCCCCCGGGCCCCUCCCCUGGAUCCGCCACUGUUACGUGACUAAGGCAGUCUCGACCAAAAAGAAGACAAAAGAUGGCUCUGCUUGCAGGGUGAAGUGAUUGAUCAAACCUAGUUUUAACUACAUGUUUACUUGCUCAUUAUUUUCUCACCCCAUGUUGAAAUGCGUAGAGUACAAAUUAUUUUUAUAUUUUUUGCAAAGUGGAGAUGUUUCGCAAUUUUACGAUAUUAAGAGAUCAAGAGAUCAGUCUAUGGCGUUGUCUGAAUGCUGAGACCAUCUUUAUGAAAUUAACUCUCUCUUUUUUUUUCCUUUUCCAGAUCAAGCUCCUUUUGACCCAAAUGCAAAAGCAGACAAAUUCUUCAUUAAUGUAGAGGUAUGCUAUGUUAUAGCACAGUAGGAAUAAGUCAUUCUAGUUGCUAGAGUUAAACCCCUCCUAACGAGUCGUGUAAUUUAACAGACGUUUGAAUGAUGGGCCACAAAGUUGUCCACAAUCAUACAAAUUUGUAUUAAAUUUUGCUAUGUUGAUGAUUCAUAUCUUUGUUAGUUUUCAAUACACCGAUCUCACACUUAAUUCGCAAGUUUACUAGUUUUAGGGUGCUUUUUUCCGAGGGUGUUUAUGGAUUUUUGCCACCUGGUCAGUCUAAAGUUUAAAACAAAUCGUACAAAGGUCUGUAAAGGACUGCUUUACACUUGUCCUAACCUCUUUUCACGUUUCUUUACAGUCCUGUGGCUCACUGAAACCCGAGACCAUUGUGAUGUCAGGGCUGUCCGUCCUCAAGAAGAAACUAAGUGAUCUGCAAACUCAACACAGCCAUGAAGUAGCCGCAGAUGUCUUAACGAUUUGAAAGACCCUCGUGACACUUUCUAUUUAUAUCAGUUUCUUCCUCAGUAAAAUCUUAAAAGAAACCUCUCUCUCUUUCCUCUUUUACUCCCUGUCAGAUACAUGUAUUAACGCGCAUUCCCUUGGCUUUAUCUUCGGAGAAGGGGGAUUCCUUUAUGAAAGGGAUAAGAAUUCUCGUAGUUUCCCUAAAAGGGGUACGUUGCAGAUUUUGGUCCAAUUCAAGGUGUUUAGGACGUGAAAAAAAAUAAAUAAAUAAACAAACAAACAAACGGUCAUACAAUUAAUGCUACUGUAUGGUCGCUUUACAUGCCACGCCCAAUUUGGUUUCCUUAAGCAAAAUACUAACCGAAGGAGUAGAAAGGACUCGAAGUAAUCGGCUGAAAUUCAGGCUACGCCACGUUUACCCUGUGGGUAUUAUCAUCAUGAUUCUGACACCAAUCUGACUUAAGUGUUGUAGUUCAUUUUUAUCAAAGGAAUUCUAUUAUCUGGCAUACUUUGUCGAUAGUUUAUUAGGG